AUGGGCUGGAGUGAGUGGGCACUGCCAGGCCCAGCCAAGUGCCACGGCCACCAUCCAGGACUGCGACCUCCCAGGCCAGAACGGGGUCCGUCCAAAGUUGGCCACGGCCGUGGGGCGAGCCCCAGGGUGCUGGCUGCCGGCUGCCUGGCCUGUCACCCUCCUCCAUCACACGUGGCCUCCUCAUACUCCCACGUCCGGGGACCAGCUGUGCCUGGUGACGAGCAGCAGGUGCCCAGGCAGCCCCGCGGCCUGGCCGGGGUCCCCAGGGAGUCAGUGGCCCGGGGGUUAAUGAGUGGUGCGGGAAUCGAGGAGAAACAGGCUGGGCCAGGAGAAGCCGCCCCGAGGCAUGAGUGUGCCACCGGCCUGGCCUCUCCUGGCCUGCUCCCUCCUGUCUCGGACAGCAGCCAGGCCGGGCCCAGCGGGGACACCUGCGACCCGAGGGGAGCUGCCUUCUGGGAACCCAUGGGGGGCAGCCCACCUCCUCCGCCCAGAGCCUUCCAGAACCAAGCCACUGGCUUUGCCACCAUGGCGGGCAUUUCCCCUUCUGAGAACCCAAGGCGGGGAGAUGCUCCGGCCCUCCCGAGAGGCCGCGCGGUGCGGAGCGGCCGGCAGGAUGCGGGGGGCGGGGCGUGCUGGCCGGGCGGGCUGCUGCGGGGGGCGGGCGCCGCGGGGCGGGGCCUCCGGGGCCAAGGGGACGAGCGGGGCGGGCUGGGCAUCAAAAGGGCCCCGCGAGGGAGCCGCGCCGCAGUCGCUCCGGCCUCGGCCUCGGCCCCACCGCAGCCGCUCCCCGCAGAGGCCCGGGCCCCCCUCGCCUGCACCUGCGCCCUCUGCACCUGCACCUGCGCCCUCUGCACCUGCACCUGCGCCCCGCGCCCCCCCGCGCCCGCCGCACCUGCACCUGCACCCUCCGCACCUGCCCCCGCGCCCCCCGCACCUGCCCCCGCGCCCCGCAGCGUGAUUGCGCCCGCACGGCUCUGCGGUCUGCUGUACGCGGCGUGCGUGGCCGCGGCGCUGGCACAGGAGGGCAGCGCGAUGGCGGGGACGGGGCCGGGGACGGGGCCGGGGACGGGGCCGGGGACGGGGACGGCGGCCGGGCCCCGGGGGCGCCGCGGGGAGCGCGCCUUCGCCCCGGAGCCCUUCGACGGGGAGGCCGUGGGCGCGCGCGCCUGGCUGCAGCGCUUCGAGGCCAUCGGUGACCUGAACGGCUGGGACCCCGCGGCCAGGCUGCGGCUCCUGCGGGGGUCCCUGCGGGGACGCGCCCUGCAGACCCUCCGCGCGCUCGGGCCCGAGGCCCAGGCCGACUACGCGGCGGUGAAGGCCGCCCUGCUGCAGGCCUCCGGGGGCCUCCCGCCCCGCGAGAUCGUCUUCGCCAACAGCAUGGGCAAGGGCUACUACCUCAAGGGCAAGAUCGGGAAGGUGCCCGUGAGGUUCCUGGUGGACUCCGGGGCCCAGGUGUCCGUGGUCCACCCCAGCCUGUGGGAGGAGGUCACGGACGGCGACCUGGACACGCUGCGGCCCUUCGAGAACGUGGUCAAAGUGGCCAACGGGGCAGAGAUGAAGAUCCUGGGCAUCUGGGACACGGUGGUGUCCCUGGGGAAGCUGAAGCUGAAGGCAGAGUUCCUGGUGGCCAACGCCAGCGCCGAGGAGGCCAUCAUCGGCACCGACGUGCUGCAGGACCACAACGCCGUCCUGGACUUCGAGCACCGCACCUGCACCCUGAAGGGGAAGAAGUUCCGCCUGCUGCCCGUCGGAGGGUCCCUGGAGGACGAGUUCGACCUGGAGCUCAUAGAGGAGGAGCCGGCGGAGCCCGGGGCAGCUCCCUCCUACUGAGGGGCCCUCUCUGCGCUGCCCCGAGCCCCCGAGGGAAGACACGCGCGGUGGAUGGUGGAGGGCCUCCGGAACCACCUGCGCCUUCGCCCCGUCCUCCAUCUGCAGGGGCCUUAAUCUGUCCCUGGGGGGGGGGGCUUCCAUCCUAGGAGGUCCCGGUGGGGGAGAACCGGCUGUCCCGGAGGGAGGGCGAGUCCUCGUGGUGGCCAAGCCGCUGUUGGUGGCAAUGAUUGGAAGGUUCAGUUCCAAGAAGGCCAGAAAGGACUGCCUCCCCCAGAGGACGGGGUGCGUCUUCAGACCCCUGAGCUGUGGCUCCUCCACGCUAUGCUGUGCCCCGCUGGGCUGUGACCCGGCGGCAGGGUCCUGGCAAGCGAGACCCAGCUCCCGCAGGUGAGGCCUGCAGCUGCCCCGGUCAUGCCCCCUCCCCGUCGGGUCCCACCCACCCACCUACCCACCUACCCACCUACCCGUAUGGUGUAGUUCCCUUCUGUUGUUCACUUUGAAGCUCAUUGAACCUUACGCCAAUAAUUCCUUACUUCAAAAAAACAAUAAAGAUUGACUCAUGGAAGAACUA